CACUAGUGGUAAACAAAAAUAUUUUUUUAUUGGGCUUUAUUUUUGGGUGAAAAUUAUAGAAAAUUUAUAUUUUUAUUAAGAAAAGCUUGCGAAACGGCUUCAUAACAUUGUUAAUCACACGACGGCGCUAAUCCACAAUGGGUUUUCCACGUAUUAUAAGUAAAAACAACAAAAUAUACACAAAAUUGGGUGACUUCUGUUUGUCUGGCGAUGGCCAGCAAUUCUGGAUAGUUUGCCAUACGUGCCAGGAGGAAUUGCAGACACAGGACAAAUUUUGGAAGCACAUACAGGAUGAACACAAUUUCAUGCAUGGCAUUAGACAAGAACAGACACGAAUCAGCCAGUCAGCGGCUCAGGCAUACAUGGAGGCGGCGGAAGCAGCUUCGGCUGCUUCCAUGAUGCCAUUGCCCUUGUUUCGCAAGAUGAGUGUGAAUGAACAGCAAAGGGAGGACAGCAUGAGCCAGGAGGAUGAGGAAAUGCAAAAGGAACCAAAAGACUACACAGAAAUGAGGGCCCAUGAAGAUCCCAGUCAAUCGGUGUCGAUCGAUAUCAAAUUGGAGCCACAGCUAAGUCACCCGGGCCAGCAUCAACAGCAACAACAACAGCAGCAGCAACAAGAACAGCAGCAGCAACAGGAACAAUUACACCAACAGCAACAGCAGCAGCAACAACAUCAACAACAGACUCAACAAAUAGAGAUAAGUACGCCUCUGAUGUACCCCAUAUCCCAUGUACAUGCCCCGCCCGUAGGAGCCUAUGCCGCCUUAGUACAAGCCCCCAAUCUAAAUUCGCUAAAUAUGUCUGUGGCCGCGGCAGCUGCGGCCGCCUCCCAAGUGCCAACCUCCAUGGCCGCUUUGAUGCCCAUCAAAGAUGAGAUGGUGCACAACAAAGAGUCGGCCAACAACAGUACCACGGCCAGUGCCAGCAGUGCCAUGUCAUCGGAAGAUGGCGAACGUUGGUAUAUCUGUGAAUUUGAGAAUUGCGGUUUGAAAUUCAAAUACCAAUCUCGUCUCGAGCUACAUCGAAGUGUGCACAGUAAAGAAAGGCGUUUCUCUUGUGAGAUAUGCGGUGCCAGUUUUAAACAAUCCUGUAAUCUAUCGACACAUCGCAAGAAGAAGCAUGCCCUAAAGGGCACCACUAAAAUGACGUUAGUACCGCCGCAUCGUUUUUGAAAUCCAUUUUUGAAUUUUUUACAAUUUCCCUUUUACUUUUGAGCAAGAAGCUGAAGAAGAAGAAAAAACUAAAACAAAAAAAGACCCCACCAUCUUUGUUCGACUCCCACAAUAUGAAAACAAAAAGAAAAAACAACAGAAAAUAGAGCAAAACUUCAAAAAUCACCUAACAACCUUACUGUCCUCCUUACUACCUACUUAAGUUAAGCAAUCAGGCUCAAGUAAAACAAAAAAUCCCCUUGAUUUUUGUUAUAUUACCCCCUGCCCUUUCACUGUUUAGUUUUGAUUGCAGAAAUUUUUUGAUAAAAUUUAAGUCCAACAUUCGUAAAAAUUUGUAAAAGUAGUGGCCAAAAGAAAAAAAACGACAAACAGCAAAAUUUAUCUUAAAAACAUGAUUUGAACAAAAUAUUUUUGAAAUAUACUUAGUCUUAAGUUUAAGUUUCUUUUCUUAUGUACCAUUUGACCAUACCUAUUUCUCGGGGGUUUUUGCUUGUUUUCAAAAGCAAAAACCUAACACAAAUAUUUUAUUUGAUUUUUUUAUAGAUUCUUAGUUUUGUUCAAGCGCGCGCUAUUGUAAAAUUAGUUUGUCUAUGAGUUUUUGUUUUAAGUAUUUUUAAAAAAUGGUCAGCAUUCAUUGGGUGAAUGUUAUAUGAUUUACAAAAACAUAAGAAAACAAAAAAACAAAAAUUUAAUAUCGACAUAAAACAAAAGAAAGAAUUUCUUUUGAUCUUCGAAAGCCUUAUAAUUUUCUAUAGCUUUAAGAGGAUUUUAAUUUUUCGAUUUUGGUUUAUUUUCUCUUUUGUAAAAUGUAGUAAUAGAAGGCUAAAUGGCAAAAUUGGAUUUCGCUUGGAAGAAAUCCUUUUUUUUAAUUUUCUUAUAUUUUAUGUAACCAUGUAAACAAAUUGUUAACUGAGUUUCGUUUUUGUAUAAAACAAAAAAAAGUUUUGUUUUUUUUUUUAAUCUCUUCUCUUUUGUCUUAGUUGUGCAAUUGUAAUAGCCUUAUUUUACCUAUAAAUAUAUUUUAUUCUACCAUGUAUGUUUUCUUUCAAUUAUUUUUUUAUGUUUUAUUUCUUUUAGUUGUAAUUAUUGUGCAAUUAAUUAUAGAAACAAAAUACAAAUUA